GGGGUGGGAGAAAGAAAAAGUUUGGGAGGAAAAAAAAGAAAGAAUAUUCCUGUCGUUCCACUAAAAGGGUCCGAACCCGGUAUCAUUUUAGGUGAGUCUAAAACACUAACCGAUUGCUGAAAGAAUAUUUUUUUGGGUUUUAAUUUUUUUUGCCGUGAGAAUUUUUUUCGUUGGAACUUUUUUUAAUUUUCAAAAUUCUUUCAGUUUUAGUAAUUUUUUAAAUUAGAAAAUGUCAUCACUGGAUUGUGCUUUGCGUUUAGAAAAUUUGAGUGGAAAAUUAUUUUGUCGAGAAACUAGAGGUGUUUUGGUUUUGUGUAGUCAUGCUUGUGGUGGAAAAGAAGAAAAACGAUUUUUGAGGAUUAGAAUGCAAAAUUCUAGUAAUAACAGGCAAAUUGAGUUAGGAAAGAAUUGUUUAACAAUUUGGCGUUCACAUAUAAAACAAGGAAAAGCAACCAUUCAAUUUAAAGAAGAUAAUUUAAUGCUUUAUAUUUCUAUGAAACUUCGUUCAUUUCUUUCUCAAAUUGAAAAUAUUGAUGUAAAUUCUUUAACAAUUUCUCCAUCAAAACAACAAUCAACCUCUUCCUUUGUCGAUGAAAAUCGUUUCCGAACAAAAAUGAGUAUUUUAAAAUUAAAAGAUUACCCAAAGAAUGAUGGAGCUGGGUUUCCAAAGAAUUUGCAACAACUUUAUAUUAAUAAUAUUAAACUUCAAAAUGUGGAUAUUAGAUGUCUUCGUUCAUUAUCAAUUCUUUCACUUGUAGACAACAAUUUAGGCAAAAAUUGGACACUUAAAAAUUGGCGCCGUUUUUGUUCAAUUUCAAAUUUGGAACAAUUAAAAGAACUUGAUUUGUCUAAAAAUCCGUUGAAAAUAAUUCCGGUUAUUUUUAAAAUUUCUUUAAAAAAUGUAAAUUCAAAGGAUUGUUUUAUUGAUGCCCUUCCCCUUUCUUUAUCUACUUUUUGUUUAAAGGAAUGUUCUCUUGUUUAUUUUUCAAAUAAUAUUACACGCCUAAGAAACCUUCAAUAUCUCAAUUUGAGUAAAAAUCUGCUUAAAGAGUUGCCGGAAGAUUUCUAUUUAUUACCUCGUUUAACAAAACUACAAAUAAGCUAUUUGCCUUAUCUUGAAUUUUUACCCGUACAACUUUUAAAUAGACAAAUAUUGGAUGAAAUAGAUGUCACGGAUAAUCAUUUAUUGGCAUUUUGUGAUGAAAAAUUAAUGUACAAAAAUAAAUUAUUUGUUCCAAAAUUGGUUGAUUUGGCUUCUGCUGCUUUACUUAAUAAUCGGAAUUAUUGGGUAAAUGAUGGUUCUCAAUUGUUGAGAAAUGAAAUUUUGGAGUGUUUACCAGCUGAUUUACGUAAAGAAAUUCGAAAAUGUCUUUUACGAUGUGAUUUAUGUCUUAAGUUAAAACCUUCUUCGUUGACAUCUUGUUCAUUCAGUUAUGAAUCGAUUGAUCGAAUAUCGCAUAUUUGGAUUGGCCCAACAUCAAAUUUAGUGCGAACUCAAUUGUGCACAAAAUGUGGCAGUUCAAAGGCUAAGGCGUUUAGUCUACGAGGGGAUGCUGUUUAUGGUAUUCUGUUACCUUUAUUGGGUUAA